CCUUGACUGGGAUUUGACGUUUUAUGUUGUCUUUUCAUUUACCGAAAAUCUUUCACAGAUUUUCUGAUGAGUUUUUGGAUCUAUCAAUUUCCAUAAAUACAAGCAAAUUAAAUAUAAUUUGAGCUAUUAAUAUAAGUUGUAGAUAUUCCUAAUUGAAAUAUGGGGGUUCCGAAAUUUUUCCGCUAUAUCAGUGAAAGAUAUCCAUGUUUAAGUGAGCUUGUAAGGGAAUACCAGAUCCCGGAAUUUGAUAAUCUGUACCUUGAUAUGAAUGGAAUCAUUCAUAUGUGCUCACAUCCUGAUGAUGGGAACCCUCACUUUCGUAUUACUGAGGAGAAGAUAAUUAAGGAUAUUUUCCACUAUAUUGAAGUACUCUUCAGAAUGAUCCGUCCUCAGAAACUAUUCUUCAUGGCUAUAGAUGGUGUGGCACCUAGAGCCAAAAUGAACCAACAGCGCGGACGUAGAUUCAGGUCAGCAAAAGAUGCUGAAAAACAGACAAACCAAGCUAUACAAAGAGGCGAGACACUGCCUGAAGAGGCCCGUUUUGACUCAAAUUGCAUCACUCCAGGAACAGUAUUCAUGGCAAGGUUACAUGAGCAGCUGAAGUAUUUGGUUGUGGAUAAAAUUUCCAAUGAUCCGCUUUGGCAACAAUGCACUAUUAUUUUAUCAGGGCAUGAGACGCCAGGUGAAGGUGAACACAAAAUUAUGGACUAUAUUCGAUAUAUGAGAUCUCAGCCAGGGUAUGAUCCCAAUACAAGACAUUGUUUAUAUGGCCUAGAUGCUGAUCUCAUUAUGUUAGGAUUAUGUACUCAUGAACCACAUUUCAGCUUGUUGAGGGAAGAGGUGAAGUUUGGCAAAAAAUCAAAAAGAACAUCUGUACCGGAAGAAACCACAUUUUUUCUUCUUCACUUGUCUUUGAUGAGAGAGUAUCUAGAAUUAGAAUUUAUGCCUCUAAAGGAUAAACUCAAGGGUUUUGAGUUUGAUUUGGAAAAGAUUAUUGAUGACUGGGUUUUGAUGGGAUUUUUGGUCGGUAAUGAUUUCAUCCCACAUUUACCAAAUAUGCAUAUAGCUAACGGAGCUUUACCGAUUCUUUACAAAGCAUACAUAGAUACCUUGCCCCAGUUAGAUGGUUAUAUCAAUGAGGCGGGAACAUUGAAUUUGACUCGGUUUGAAAAGUUCAUGAAAUCUUUGAGUGCUAUAGAUUUUGAGAAUUUCGAAGAGAUUAGAGAUGAUCUGUUAUAUAUGGAGACUAAAAUGGGAAGAAAGAUAUGUGCUCACUCAAAAGUCUCGACAAGACAAUUGGAGGAGUGGGAAUCUCAGGAGCCCAUUGAUCAAACAUUGAUGGGAAGUCUCGAGCCUGAAAAACAGCCGAGAGAUAGUGGAUUAGCAGCAUUGAUCAAGAAUACUGACGAUCUGUUAUUAGAAUCUGAAGAAGAGGAUGAUCAUGAGGAGAUAUCAGAUGAAGAUGAUGCAUUUAACAACUACAAAAUGGAGUACUAUAAGAACAAAUUGGAAUAUGAUAAAGUUACACCGGAGGUGAUGAGGGACCAAGCUGAAGGCUAUGUAAGAGCUAUUCAGUGGAAUUUAAAUUAUUACUACAACGGCUGCUGCUCCUGGUCGUGGUACUACCCUCACCAUUACGCCCCUUACAUAUCGGACAUCAAAGGGUUCUCCAACCAGAAAAUCGAAUUCGAUAUGGGCAAACCUUUCAUGCCUUUUGAACAACUUUUGGCGGUACUACCUUCCGCUUGCAAGGAACUCCUACCCAAAGCAUACCACGGCUUGAUGACAGAAGAUCAUUCUAUUAUUAAAAAGUACUACCCAGAGGAGUUCGAGACCGAUCUAAAUGGCAAGAAGCAAGACUGGGAAGCCGUGGUACUUGUACCUUUUAUUGACGAGAAACUCUUGUUGGAAGCGAUGAAGAGUUGCAAUGAAAUGUUAACUGAUGAAGAACUGAAACGUAAUAGUCACGGACCGAUGCUUAUUUACAAGCAUACAAAUAUAGAUAAAGGUCCGUAUAUAGCACCGGAAUAUUUCCCUCCCAUUCCUCAUAAUUACACAGAUGUAAAGACCAUGAGGUACACUGAUGUAUUGCUUCCGAAAGAGAAGAUUGUCAAGGGAUUGUAUCCUGAAGUUAAAUUGGAUGUGUAUUAUCCAGGUUUCCCGACAAUGAAACAUCUGAAGUACAAGGGUGAAUUAAGAAAAGCAAAGGUGAAGGUAUUCGAACAGCCUAGCCGCAGUGAAAACAUGAUCAUCACUAUUAUCCCUGACGACGAUCUAAUUGGCGAUUAUAUUCCGGUGGAUUUACUCGGAUCGAAUGUGUUCGUUGGAUGGCCUCACAUGGUCGAAGCUAGAGUUGUUGCGAUAUCGAACAGCAGAAGGAAAUACGUCAGUAGGGGAGGCGAGCAGUAUAACGUUGAGGAAAAGGCGCAACCUCAGGUUGGGCUGUUCUGUCAAGAAAUAGCUGGAGCAACGGAAAUAUAUCAACGACGUCUUGGUAUCGACGUGGGUGACACUAAAGUACUCGUCCAAGUACAAGUGCUGAUAGGUAGAAAAUAUAUGUUCACUCCAAAUGGUAGAUUGACAUUGGAAAAGCAGUUUGCUCAAAAUACCUCAGAAUAUCCACUCCAAACGGUCGUGUUCAACAUACCCCAUUAUGAUAGUGGUAUGUCGACGUUCCGUGAUGUAGAACAGGUGUUCCCGGUAGACAGCAUUUGUUUCACAAUAACCAAUCCUUAUUAUGGUUCAUAUGGAGUGAUACAGGAUAGCAGCCUGUGUGCACGUUCUGGCAGAAUAAAAAUGUGCGUUUCUGUAUUAGAAGAGCCUGAUUUAGCAGCUAUCAGAGAUAUGCACCUGAAGAGUGUAAGGAAUUAUAAGACACUGCAUAAUGUGUCUAGUCAAUUAUCAAUGUCACACAUCGUCUUCACUCGCAUCACCGGUAGCAUCUUCCUAUCAGUGCCGAAUGAUUCGGGUGGAUUUCAAAAUGUCAACAUUGCUCUCGAUCUGAAGUUAAACAAAAAGAAUAAGGAGACUCCAGGCUAUACGCGCAAAAUUGGUGCGACUUGGUGUUAUACUGACAAAGUGGCAGAACUGGUAAGGGAGUACUGCGAACAGUUCCCUGAGGUGAUGCACUACCUCUCCAAGGAUCCUAACUUUGGCGAUAUCAGACCUGAGGAAGUGUUUGGACCUGACUACUCAGAGAGACUUCAGAGUUUAUUAAAAUGGUUGAAAAGCUCGCCAGCUCAAACAGUUGAAAAACAGACAUGUGGUAGUCUUUUUGUUGAAUCAGAAGUUGUAGCAGAAUUGGAAAAACUAGUUGAUCAUCACAAAACAAGUACUAGCAAGAAGGUUACUAUGCAAAUAAAGCCAUCUUUCUUAUAUAAACCUGAAGUACAAAAUGGAACACUGCCACCAGAUCCAAAAUGUGAAACCAGAAUUUUAGAUCGUAUCGUUAAUGUGAGAAGUGGGUUUUCAGUACCUUUUGCUCUGAAGGGCACUGUGAUAGGCAUUAAAAAUUCCCCGACCGGAAAUGACAGAGACGUCAUGUACGACGUCCUUUUUGACAAGCCUUUCAAAGAUGGUAUGAAGUUCGAUUCUUGUACUAGCGAGAGGGGUUAUAGAAUACCGAAAACCGCGUUCCUCAAUAUAUCUUAUGGCCAAAGACUGAUGAUCGAGAAGACUGGUAGAACAGAUGACAUAAUCGCGAAAGCCGAAGCGUCCUACCACCCGCACUACAACCCAAACCGACAGCAGCAACCAGCAGAUGGCAGCAUCGUAAACACCUUCCAGCAACCUCAACAGCCCAGUUGGAUACCACCUCAACUGCAACCGUUAGUGCAACAGCAAGCUAGACCGCCGAAUCCGGUCGUCCAGCCAGGGGGAUCAGCAUUCGCGCAUUUCAGGAAUGAGCCGCCCACGCAAAAUCACAAGCAGUUUCAGAGUGAAGGGCAAGGGCAGCAGCCGCAGCUGUACAGGCCGCCACAAAGACAGGAGUUCUAUCGUCCGACGAUGGGCGAGCCGGCUACUGCGACAUACCAACAACCAAGAAACCACGCGCUUCGGCCCAAUGAUGUGUACCGUCCACCAAGAGAACGUCAACAACAACAGCAGCAAGGAUUCCAGAAGUAUGAUAUUACGUUCAUGCCUAGUUUUAUGGACAAGAACACAUCUCAAAGCAUUGAUGAAACGUUCGCAUCUGCAGUGCAAAGUACAUCCAAGCGUAGUGAAAAUAGAGGUACAGAGUUGGUCGAACCAAAACGGGGACAAACUAUUGACACAGACUUCCUGAAAACCAUCUUGAAGAUAGGAGAAUCGAAUAAUAAACAGUCCAUACCGCCAAAAGAAACAAAAAGCGUGGAAAAGAAGAAGAACGAAUCAAACGCCACACCCGGAUUUUCGUUUGAUAUGCUUUCGCAAGUAGCCAAUGCUCCCGCAAGCACACGACUCGUUACGUACUACCAGUCGAAUGGCUUGGAUAUGCCCAGGUAUCAGUAUUUCUCAGCAGGAAAUAAUUUGAUUAAAGCACAGAUAACGUUGAAUGAUGAACAUUUUGUUGGAAAACCUGCGAAGACAAAGGAUCAAGCCAGUGAUGAAGUGGCCAAUGUUGUUUUGAAACAUCUCAUGAGUAAGGUGAGCUAAUAUAAUGUAGAAAAUCUCUCACUUUCCAAUAAGCUGUUAUUAUGGUUGUCGGAAAAGUCAUGAC